CUCAUUAACCUUCAAGUGUCUUAUAAACAUUCCCAAGUGUUUCAUAAACAAUCCCCAAAAUCUCUCCCGAAAAUCCUAAAAAAAUCGUAUCAAACCGGAGUAUUCGGCUGAAUUAUUUUAAAAAAGUCACCCCCAGUUCCUCGUGGUCCCGAUUAUCAUUAAUUAUCACUCAAAAUAAAUCGUUAACAAAACGAAUCGCCUGUUUCGUCCAUCCAGCAAACACAAAGUACCUGAUACAUUUUCAGAUGGAGUAGAGGGAGAGGGAGAGGGAGAGCAAUCUAUAAAAAAUUGAGGAAAGUGCAAAAAAAUGGCUUUUACCUUUGAAUAAAUUGUUAUCAAUUGAUAAUCAAACUGAAUAUACGAAUGUGAAGUGAUAAGAAACGAGAGAAUUUGGGGGAGUCAAUAGUUUGGUUUACAUUGAAGUGAAAUCGAGGACAGACGACUGUUUACAGAUGAAUGAAGACGAGACUGAAUGUGAGAGUGAGAUCUGAGUGAAAAUGAAAGGUCUUCUUCUGGGAGUGCAUAUCGAUCCCCCGGAAAAUGAGUGCAACCCCAGGUGAUGGCGCAGACGCGACCAAAACGGCGGCACCCCGGCGAAAUAUCGGGGAUUUCACCCGAUUUUGGCUCAACUCCAUUCGCGCCGCGUAUUUUAGCAAGGAGAGAAAUACCCCGAAGAAGACUCGCCGGGACUCUGGGGAUUCGGAGGUGUGUCUUUUUCAAAUCGGGGGUGUAGGUAAAGCUGAUUGUGUCGAUGGGUGUCAGGGUGUCGUUAUGGGUAAUUUGCAGAGUGAUGGAAAAAAAAGGGGAAAGAAAGCUGAGGAGAUUGUGACAACCAGGACUACUUUUGAGAGGGUCCACACCCCUGCCAAGAGACAAGCACCACCACCUCCGAGGACACACACUCCCGUUAAGUCGCCACCUGCACCAGCAGUGAGACGAGUCCCAUUGUCCGAUGAAAAAUCAGUAUCGGAAGUAGAAAAUCGUGAUGCCGAAUCCACCGUGACAUCCGGCCCUCCACUCCCACCUGAUGAGGAAUUGGCGUGUUCGGUGGAUCUGGUGGCCUCCGAUGCCACCAGUAUCCCGUCACUCGGGGAGCUGCCAGUACCAACACCGGGACCACCUCUCCUCGUCACCGACUCUUGGCGUCGAGUCAACACUGGUCAUCCAGCUGGUGAUGACCUUCCAACACCAAGCAGCCAGGAAUCAUCCAGUGACAGUGUCUUCACGGAUCCUGAGGAGGCCGGCAUGGUCGCCGAUGCCAAUCAAACCACUCCCAAGCCAAAUUCAUUCGGCACACCUGUCACUGUCAAGAGAAAAGACACCGCUGUCAAGAAGAGGAGCAGUUUCAAUUUAACGGAAUACCGCAAAACCGCAACACCGGAGCUGCGGAGUCUGACACCCUGUCGUAGUAAUAUCGAAAGAACACCCAGUGACAGUGUAUUAUUGAGGAGUGUCGUGAGCUUCACCUCAGGACGUGCCACUCAAGCCAAGAGUAGACUGUCCGUCAGGGUGCCCCCCAAAGCUGUGCCCCAGCUUGUUCAGCAAUUCGAAGGUAAACAUCUCGUGACUCUUCUAGCGCGUAGCAUACCUGAUCACGUACGCUCUGAGCUUCCGGAUGGAGAUGUUAACAAACUCGUUGUGGCUCUCUGCAAUGAGCUGAUAGAAAUCGGUGUGUUGACAUCUACAGAGAAGAAAUCAAAAGAAGACACGAGAUUCACUGCAGAGCACACGUACUCCUGGGCCUCUGAGACCUCUCGAGAGAAGAAUGGAGACUCCCAGCCUCGGGAAUACGUCGAGACCCUGGAGCACGAGAAUUCGAGGCUCCAGGAGGAGCUGGAGAAACUCAAGAAAAAAGUCGAGGAGUUGGAGGACCAAAAGAGGGAUCAAAAUUGUCGAGUUCCCUCGGGACAGUCGAGUUCACCGAACCCCCAGAGGCCACCGGACCCCAUCAACGAGAAUAUAUCCAUAGAAAGCGGUAGAUUCACAGCGAGUUCCAUGGAAAUCUCACCGAUUCCCACUCACUCCAGCAUCGAAAUAUCAAAGACUGAGGUGUCAUCACCCUCAAUAACGAGCGACUCCCUGAAGCUUCCCGACGAAACAGCCUACAAGUCCCUCCAUCUCGCUCAUCCACAAGAGAUCGAUACCAAGUCCCAGGAAGAGAUUGAAGAUAAUUCGAUUCUCGAUCAUUGGACAUGCUCGAACGCCAGGAUAAAACUAGUCUUCCACGAUGACUCUAUGAGUCUCAACCAUGAUCUUUCCACUGCUGGAGUUACCUCAGAACAUGAAAAAAAUUUUGUGAGUGGUUACGAGUCAGAUACGAGUGCCAGUGUGGAACCAGAAAACCCCAAAACUCAAGUUAUUGUCACACCCACAGUUCCUUCAGUCCCGUCUUCAUUUGUGGAUGAUAAAACGAGUGAAUCGUCAUUGCCAUUACCACCUCCACCUCCUCCUCCAUCUUCUGUUCCUAUUCCUCCGCCUCCGCCUCCACCUCCACCACCAGCUCCACCCAUGCCUGAAAUCUCAGGUCCUUCACCUCCUCCACCCCUACCUAUAUCUGGAAUUUCAUAUCCUCCACCUCCUCCACCGCCUAUGCCUGGAAUUGCAUGUCCUCCACCUCCUCCGCCCCCGCCUAUGCCGGGAAUUUCAUGUCCUCCACCUCCUCCACCCCCGCCUAUGCCUGGAAUUUCAUGUCCUCCACCUCCUCCACCUCCGCCUAUGCCUGGAAUUUCAGGGCCUCCCCCUCCACCGCCUAUGCCUGGAAUUUCAGGCCCACCACCCCCUCCACCUCUCCCUGGAAGUUGUCCGCCACCGCCUCCAAUGCCUGGAUCAAUUCCAAGACCUCCACCCCUUCUGGGCCAAGUGGGACCGCCUCCCCCUCAGUCUGGAACGCCUACCGCCCUCCCGCCUCCGCCGCCAGGGGGCUGGAAUCCUCCAGCAAGAGCAGUAAUGAGAAAACAACCUUUAGACCCAGAGGUACCCAUGAAGCCCCUCUACUGGACGAGAAUUGUCAUUCCAGCGAAUACAACUCCUACAAUUCCAGCAACUUCUCCAGGCGCACCUCCCCAGGUGCCCAUCUGGAUAGAAAUUGAAGAGGAAAAGGUAAACAUAAAGGAGUUUGUCGAUCUGUUCUCACGCCAAGUAGUUGAAAGAAAGCCAACGAUAAAGCGAGAGGAGUCCGAUAAGCCGUCGAAAAUUCAGCCAGCGAAAAUUCUCGACUCAAAACGAUCGAAAAACGUGGGAAUCCUGGAGAAGAGUCUCAGGGUGGACUUCUGUGAGGUGGAAAAUGCAGUUUAUAACCUGGAUACGAGUGUUAUUAGUCUGGAGGCGCUCAGACAGAUCUACGAGGUGAUGCCGACGGCGAAGGAGAUCGAGGAGAUUACGAGACAUGAGCUAGAGCAUCCGGACGUGCCACUGGAUCGUCCUGAGCAAUUUCUCAAGCAGCUGUCGACUGUGAGAUUCUUCAAUGAGAGGAUUGCCUGCCUCAUGUUCCAGGCGGAGUUCCAUGAUGCAGUAUCUGGAGUUUCCACCAAGCUGACGAACCUCAGGGCGACCUGUGAAUUCCUCAGGAAUGCUCCGUCUCUCAAGAGGAUCAUGGCAUUGAUACUUACUCUGGGUAAUUACAUGAAUGGAGGGAACAGGAUGCGAGGGCAGGCUGAUGGCUUUGGCCUGGAGAUUUUGGGAAAACUGAAGGACGUGAAGUCCAAAGUACCUGGGGUUACGCUACUGCACUACGUGGUGAGGACGAGGCUCGAUCAGGAGGGUAACUAUAAUUUCGACGAGAUGAUACCCCUGCCUAUACCUGAACCUGGGGAUAUCGAGGCUGCUGCUACCAUUGACUUCGAGGAGAUAACGAGGGAAUUGGAUCGACUGGAGAAGGAAAUAAAAACAUGUGAGAAAAAUUCCCAAAUGGUAAUCGACAAUUGCCCCGAUAACUCCACUGCCUUCAAGGAGAAGAUCGAGGGAUUUUUGGGGAGUGCCAGGAGUGAACUCAAUAAUGAGAAGGAGAAUCUCCAGGAGGUGAGGGUCAAGUUCAAGGCUGUUAUGCAUUUUUACCAGUAUGUACCCAAGGGGGCCACUGUCGACACUGCUGAUCCUAAGGAUUUCUUCCUCCUCUGGCUGCCCUUCUGCAGGGACUUCAAGGACAUAUGGAAGAAGGAGCAGCAGAGGCUCAGGAAAGAGAGGAUGGCUCUCGUCAGGAAGAAACUGGGUCGGCUAAAGAAGGUGGAGACUAUAAAUGUUGAACCUGGAGGAGUUAAGGCGAGAUAUUUGAGGCUCAUGGAGAGGAACAACAGGUAGUUAUUGAUUUUUUUUUGUGAAUAUUUGUCGAGCACAAAUUAUUGGAGCGUUGAGAACGUCAUUUGUAAAUUUUAUUUUCACGUUGUGAAUGAUGGUUGUUUGAAUUUUGUUGUACGUACACUGAGAAUUCGACUCGAUCUGUCAGUCAAAGUGUAAAGACAACUUUUGUGAUUAUGCUAGACAUUGUGAGUGAUUAAUUGCGAUGAUUAGAUGUAGUUUAUGUAAUUGUUGAUGAGAAGUAUGUGUUAUUGAUUACAUUGUCGCACGAAUUGUUUCCAUGUUUCUUAAAUUAUUUUGAAUAAAAGAGGAAGGAGCGGUGAUUAUCCAAUAAAAGUCAUCACAUCAUUUAUUAUUACCUUCAAUAUUCCUCCAUUUUUCUAGACAGGUUCAUUUAAUUGAAUGGACAACAGGGAUGAGUAAUAAUCGUAAAUCCUUUUAAAUAUAUAUCUACAUAUAUAUUUUUUCACAGCGUUAUAGCGACAAUACAGAAUUUUACAUUAAGGCAGAAUAACAUUUCUCAUAUAAAUCGUUAAUACAUUAAUCGUAUUAGAAAAUGAUAUUAGAAAACUGGGAAUUUGUUAAUCGCAUUUUUUUAAUAUAAAAAAGAAUUGGAAAUGUUUUUCGCGGGCAUAAAUUGUCAAUUGUUGGCCCUUGCAUUUAGAAUAUUUUAACUUAUCUACUGCGUUAAAGUUACUUUCAGAUCCCUUCAAAAAAAAAAAA